AUGCGAGUCACUCCCUCGAUCCCCGCGAUUUCACUUGUGAUGGCUAUCGCAUUGGUGUCACCAGCGCUUGGCUCACACAUUUGCGCCGCUCUGCCGCCCUACUCGCUGACUAACGCCGUGCAGCAGCACCCUGAACUCCAACAAGCGUACGACACCGUCAAGGCGAACGCAGUAGCGACUUGGUACACUGAUCGAGGCUGGCCCAGUCAAAUCCCAGACCUCCUUGCACAGUGCCAAGGCGACAUUCCGUCCAUUGUCAUCUACGGUUUGCCAGACAAAGAUUGUGGCGACGGAGGGUUUUCCCAAAGCGGUGACAACAAAAACGCCGACAUGUACCGCACGUGGAUUCAAACUUUGGUCGGUCAAGUGGGCCAACGCCAAGUCAUUUACGUGCUGGAGCCCGAUGCAGUGGGGCUGGUCGCUGCCGGGGGAUGUGGGGUCCAGAAGGGGUACUUGCAGAACUUGAAGGUGGCGGUGGGGCUACUCGCGUCAAAUGCAAAUGCGCACAUUUACGUGGACGUGGCAUCCUGGGCCGACCAAAAUCAAGCUGUGAAUGUCCUCGUUGAGCUCAAAACCGCUGGAAGGCUCAAACGGAAUCGCCAUCAACACUGCCAACUACCGCCCUACCAGCGAGUUAAACGACUUGUGCCAAUCGUACUCGACGGCGACGGGUGGGUUGCAUUGUGUCUUGGACGUGUCGCGCAAUUUCAACGGCUCGCCCCAGAACGAAUGGUGCAAUGCUCGGUCGGCGGGGAUGGGGUCGCCCCCCACAGACGCUACCAACCAUCCUUUGGGGAAAGCGAUGGCGAGUGCACAGGGCGAAGUUCCGAUGCUAUGGUCGGACCCGCGGCCGGUCAGUUCUUUUUUGAUGGCUUCAAGUCAUUGUGGAACCAAGGCUACUACGUCGUGACUAUGGGUCUCCCGAAGAUUAGGGAAGGCGGAGUUUCGAAAAGUUACACUGCGCCAUCUAGCUCGACGAGCCCCUCGCAUCCGUCGAAGGACUCCCCCGAACCAACGUAUGAGGGCGUUAAACUCUAUGCCCAGUGCGGAGGCUUACGUUACACCGGGGCUACGAAAUGCAAGCAAGGGCUGGACUGCCAUCGGUGGAAUGAAUGGUACUCUCAGUGUAUCUCCCCCGAUGUUGGACGAAUCCCUGCCAAAACCAGUGUCGUGACAUCUCCUGAGUCUACGAAUUUCACGGACCCUCCCAUCACGCUCCAUCAAGUUCCAGCGUGGCAUCCAUGUGGAGGCGUUAACUACACUAGCCCCACAGAAUGCCUCGAUGGCUAUGAAUGCAAGUCAACCGACGACGAUCUGAGCCAAUGCGUUGAGCAAGUUGUGGCGGCGGAUCAACGCAUCGCAGCGUGGCAGCAGUGCGGUGGGGUGGAUUACUACGGUUCAUCUACUUGCGUUAGCGGCUUUGUGUGCAAGCCAACGGACGACAACUAUAGCCAGUGUGUGGCGAUAGCUACGCCCACGUCUGUAGCCAAGAAUCCUGCCAGUCAUAGGCAAAGUGAACUUCGAGUACCAGCGUGA